CGUAGACGUAGCGACAGAGGCGUCCCGUUGCCUUGGAGCCGGCGAGACGCCGCUCGGCCUCCACCUCUGUGGAGCGGGCCCGCCGCGGGCCUCGGUCACCAUGUCGGUGCUGGACGCGCUUUGGGAGGACCGGGACGUCCGCUUCGACGUGUCCCCGCAACAAAUGAAAACAAGACCUGGAGAAGUCCUUAUUGAUUGUUUAGAUUCAAUUGAAGACACCAAAGGAAAUAAUGGAGAUAGAGGUAGACUCUUAGUAACAAAUUUAAGAAUUAUCUGGCAUUCUUUGGCAUUACCAAGAGUCAAUCUUUCUAUCGGCUACAACUGCAUACUGAAUAUUACAACAAGGACUGCUAACUCUAAAUUACGAGGCCAAACUGAAGCUCUUUAUAUACUAACAAAAUGUAACAGUACUCGUUUUGAGUUUAUAUUUACAAAUUUGAUUCCUGGAAGUCCUAGACUUUUUACUUCUGUGAUUGCAGUACACAGAGCAUAUGAAACUUCUAAAAUGUAUCGUGAUUUUAAAUUGAGAAGUGCACUAAUUCAAAAUAAGGAACUAAGGUUAUUACCACAAGAACAUGUAUAUGAUAAAAUCAAUGGAGUAUGGAAUUUAUCCAGUGAUCAGGGAAAUUUAGGAACCUUUUUUAUUACCAAUGUGAGAAUUGUGUGGCAUGCAAAUAUGAAUGACAGUUUUAACGUCAGUAUACCAUAUCUGCAAAUUCGUUCAAUAAAGAUUAGAGAUUCAAAAUUUGGGCUAGCUCUUGUCAUAGAAAGCUCUCAGCAGAGUGGAGGAUAUGUUCUUGGCUUUAAAAUAGAUCCUGUGGAAAAACUACAAGCAUCAGUUAAGGAAAUAAAUUCACUUCACAAAGUCUAUUCUGCCAGUCCUAUAUUUGGAGUAGAUUAUGAGAUGGAAGAAAAGCCACAGCCUCUUGAAGCUCUGACAGUUGAACAGAUUCAAGAUGAUGUAGAAAUAGACUCUGAUGAUCACCCAGACGCUUUUGUGGCUUAUUUUGCUGAUGGCAAUAAGCAACAAGAUCGUGAACCUGUAUUUUCAGAAGAACUGGGGCUUGCAAUAGAGAAAUUGAAGGAUGGAUUCACCCUACAGGGACUUUGGGAAGUAAUGAGUUGAUCUUGAGUUGAGCUGGAUUUUUAUUUAAAGAUAUCUCAAGAUUAAAGAUACUAGUUGUCUUCUAUAAGGCAUGGAAUCGUUUUUACAUUUACAGAAAAAGCUUUUAAGAAAGAGUUUUUUAAUGAUUGAAGAAAAUUUCAUUUAGGCUUUUACUAUCAGUUUUUUAAAAAAUUAUAUUUGAAACUGUAAUCAAAAUGUAUCUGGUUUGUAAAUAUGUCUAUUUUGUUCCUAAUACUUGUAAACUAUUAGUCUGUGGAUAGUAAAUGAAUGUAUCACAUUGGGUUUAAUAAAAACUUUAUGCAGCACCACUUAA